GGCGACGCUACAACUCCGGCCUCGAUUUUACUUGCACCCCGAUGGUCGCCUGGAGUGCUCGGUGCUCACUUUAAUAAGAUCCUCACGUGACUCCCGCUUGGUGCCUGCAUAGUGGUUAAGAGUCCGGGAAGGGAGGGGGAGAGAAGCGCUCCGGAGGUGGGGUGGGGAAUUUAAACCCCACUCCCGAAGCUAAAGGCGACGAUCGAGCCCUCUUCCGGACAUCUUCCGGCCGCGACGAAGACUCUCUUGUAUUAGAAUUUUCUGCUUUAGAGCCUGUGAACCAAAGUUCUACAAUGCUAGAUGGUGAAAUGCAUGAUGGAGAACUCCAUAAUGUGGAAAUAGUGAAGAACCAUACUCAGAAACUACAAGAUGAUUUACAAAAACUGGCAUUGAAAGUCAAACAUCACGAAGACAACAUGAAAUUUCUCAAAACUCAGAUGGAUAACAUUGAUGAAUCAAUUCUUGAUAUGCAAGUCAAUCUUGGAAAGUAUCAUUCAUCGAGUGCCGCUUUGGAGCAAAGCAAUGAUGUUUCUGCCAUACAAAGUGAGCAGCAGACGGUUGGAAAGAUUUUGCAGCAGGUGAAAACAGCUGCUGGCAUAAUAUGCCAGAUGAAAAUUCGUCAUGGGUUUCAAGCAUCAAAGUUACAAUUGACAAAGGAUGUGCUGGGUAUUGUAGCUACACUUGGAAAAGUAAAUGAUGAUAACCUUAGUAGGCUUUUCUCAGAGUACUUGGGAUUGGAGACUAUGCUGGCUAUUGUUUGCAAGACAUAUGAGGGCGUUAAAGCCCUUGAAAAGUAUGACAGAGAAGGCAUGAUUGACAAGAAUGCUGGUCUCCAUGGACUUGGGCCUUCCAUAGGGAGACUUCUGAAUGGAAGGUUUCUUGUCUUUUGUCUUGAAAACUUAAGACCAUAUAUUGGUGAAUUUGUACCUGAAGAUCCACAAAAGAAACUUGCUCUAUUGAAGCCAAGGUUACCUAAUGGGGAGAAUCCACCUGGCUUUAUAGGAUUUGCUGUAAACAUGAUUGAUGUGGACCAUAUGCAUUUAUCUUGCCUCACACCAAAUGGGCAUGGCCUGAGGGAGACCCUAUUUUAUACCUUAUUUUCCCACUUACAAGUAUAUAAAACAAGAGGGGAUAUGCAAAAUGCUCUGCCUUUUAUAAGUGAUGGUGCCAUAUCUCUAGAUGGGGGAAUGAUCAAAAGCAGUGGUCUUUUUAACCUUGGUGAUAGGAAGGAUGUUGAGGUUAAAUUUCUGAUAAGUCCUGGGAUUUCAAAACCUGCAAAUGUCAUUGAAAUUGAGGAGAAACUGAAACUUAUGAGCUGGCAAAAAGAAAGGCUUGCAGAAGAUGUCCAAAGAGAAGAAGCAUUACUAAAUCAAGCAAAAAAUUUAUUCAACAUACAAAAGCAAGAGUUUGUGAAGUACCUCAGUGAGACUGCAUCUCAUAUCAAACAGGCACAAUCGAUGGCUGGCAGAACUGGGACACUCUGACUUGAGCUCCUUCCUAACAUGACUUGAAGUUUGAGGCAUGUGGAACAUUCUCAGCUGACUCAGAGUUUCACAUGUUGGAUGGUGGUUGCUGGGUAGGAUGUUUCACAUCUUAUUUUGUGCUUGUUGCGACAAGAAAGAACUGUUCCUUCAUCAGGCGCUAAUAAGUGUAACAGUGGGCAUGAAUGGAGAAGCUAGGUGCACUUUCUUCUAACAAACCUGGAAAAUGUUUACUGAUCUUUAUUUAAUGUCCCUCUGUAGCUUAUGAAACCUUGGAUUAAUCUGAGAAGUAACGGAUAGGUCGUUUCUUGGCCAAAAAAAAGCCUGUGCCAGCUUCAAUGCCCAAAAUUUUGUCAACCUAUGGCUGGCUAGUUGAUAACCUCAAUUCUGCUAGACAUGUUCUCUAGUGAAUACAAUGUAUGUGUUGCACCAUGUGUAAUGGAGGAUAUUCCACCCCUGGAUGAAGUUCUCGCUGGUAACAAAUGCACUUUGACAGCAUCUUUAAGUUCUGGGCUGAAAGGUUUUGCUUAGCUCAGGAUUAAGUUUUUCCCCCAUACAUGUAUUUGCUAAUAUUGGUUCUUGUAGGCUUGUUUUGGUAUGUUUUCAUCCUCAAAUAAUAAUAGCUUUUAUUUUGGUG